AUGAGUAUGUGUUCUAGACAGAAAGUUCCGUUAGCUAAAGGAGAUUUAAAGAAGGAGCAUUGGCCCAAGAAUAAAGAAGAAGAAGAUGAGAUGAGGAACAAGCCAGACGCUUCUCUAGUUGGAAGCAUUAUGUAUGCACAAGUGUGUACAAAGCCAGACCUAGCCUUGUGCAUUAGCGAGAUGGGAAGAUUUCAGUCAAAUCCAGGAAUGCAACAUUGGAUAGCUGGAAAGAAGGUUUUGAGGUACCUACAGAGAACAAAGGCUUAUAUGUUGAUUUACAGACGCACAGAAAAUUUAGAGCUUGUUGGUUAUGCUGAUGCGAAUCUUGGAAAAGCAGAGGAUGAUUACAUCUCUACUUAA